AUGAUGGGUUUGGCUGCGCACGAGUUCCUCCAGUGGGACGCGCAGCAGGCCUUCGACCGCAAGCGCCAGGAGUGCAAGGACGUGGCAGGCCUGAGCCACUGGAGCCACGUGGUCCUGUGGCAGCCGGCAUCGAUGGCAGUCUCCGGUCUCCCCUCACACGAAGGUUGCUACAAGGCGGUCGCCUUCGCCGUAGGGUUGGUGCGACAUGCGCCAAACCCAGAGCGGCAGACGAAGGUGGUCGUGAUGGCCCGGGUUCGUUUCAGCUCCGGUCUCAUCCAGUACAUCCUGCCACGGGUGAUCCGAUCGGUGCUGCAUUCCCAGUCGCAAAAGCUGAUCCAAGUGAUCGGAGAGCUCAGCACGGAGCCGCAGCGGCGAAAGGCUCUCCGAGAGAAAGGUCUUCAAGGCUUGUCGAAGAGGGCACGGGCGCCGGUCUCGGCGCAGGCUGCGGAGGAGACGCAGGCCGUGCCCUCGACCAGUACUGCCAGCCGUGGCCAAGGGCCGCAGAGGCUGCGCAUGCCACGCCCGGACCGAGCCAAGGCCGCGGUGCAGCUGCAAAAGAAGCCCGAAGAAGCGAAGGAAGAGAAGUCGGGUAUUCGGAGGUCUCCUGACGCAGAGGAUCAGGAGAAGAAAGGCCCCAAAGCCCAAAGGAGCGCCGUCGAAGCGCAGCGAACAAGCUUGCAACACCCUCCCGAGUUAGGUGCGCAGACUGUGGCGGAUCCAACUCCCACGAGUCAGAUGGAUUCAGGCUUUCUUCAGGCAGAGAAAAGCUCAAAAGCAUCAGGGAACCCACCAAGACUGCAGAGGAGAAGCUGGCAGCAUCAGCCGCCAGAGUCCUCAGGCCCAAUUCCCCAGAGUCAGAUGGAUUCGAGCCUUUCGGAAGAUCCCUUCCUCUUAUCCUCGGUCUCCACUUCCAGCAAAGAUCCUGCUGCGCCUCCCACAGCAGAUGCAGCGCUAUCCGCAGCUCCACACUUCUCCCAGCCGUCCCUUCUUCCCCAAAGCUCGGAUCUAGAGCUUCCCAACGAAAAUCCGGCGCCCUUGCAAGGCGAACAGCCCCAACCUUCGCACCAAGAGCACCAAAAGCCUCAAAAGUCGCCCUCAGAGCCCCAAAAGUCGCCCCAAGAAGAGCUCCAAGAGCUCCACGGGCUGCCCACGAGCCCUGGCGCCUCGCGGCGCAGCAGCCUUCGCCUUCCGGAUCGUCCCGGGCGCUCGGCGCGCCGGCGCUCUUCGGCAGCUUCGGUGGCAUCGGCAGGAGGCACAUCGCCGCCAGCGGAGAAGCCUGAGCCCCUUCAAGCCACUCAUCCGCGCGAGAAGCAGCCUCUCACGCUGCCCAGCGGGCUGGAUGACGAAGCUGCGGCGCUGAAGGUCUCGCUGGGAAUCGGCCUGGGUUUGCCUCGGGCACAGCUGCUGAGCCAAAGGACGCCACCGCCGCCCAGGUCGUCAGAGCUUGAGAAGGGGUCCAGCUCCCUCCUGCUGCGGCUGAACUCCCUCAGGGAGCAGUGGCGACAGGAUGCGCAGCCACCUGUCCGGGCAUGGCAUAGCGUCGAAGAUCUGAAAGCUGAGGUCGCUCCAGAUGAGGACCGGUUGCAGAAGCUGCAUGGAACGGAGCUCUGGCUGCCCGAGCUCUUAAAGGAGGCCGACAAAGUGGCUUACUUGCCGCCUCCCUGGGGAUUGCGACCAGAGGAUGUUGAGAAAGCGGACAACGUGCACAUGGUGUUUGCGAAGCUUCGUGAUGAACUGGGUUUGCGAAGCCUGCUUUGUGCAGCUCACUGUCAAGAGUGGAUACCGGGAGUCUGGACCGACUAUGUGCACAGUGCCAAGAAAGCUGAGAUUUCUCGAGGCGCUGGUGCCACUGCUGUCAUCGGGCUUGCUUGUGUUUUUGCAAGUUCCCCUUGCUUCUCAAGCUGCCCCGACAGAGACCACAACGGCGGCGUUGUGUUCAGCCACAUCAUCCUUCGAAAACUGACGGAUGUCUGGGCCAAAGAAGUCUCCUUGAGCCUUGUUCGACUAUCCUAUUACCGCGGCCCUUGCAGAGCACGGGCCUCCAAGCGCAACCAGAUGCUGACCCGUGCCCAGAGCUGA